GGAGUAGAGUCACAGUUGGCUGCAAACCCACGAUGAUGGCGUUAACACUGAGAACGCUGGUAAUAGUUCUGCUGGUGGCAGUUUUCUCCACCUCAGUUCAGGGUGACAAUGAGUGUGAAGAUGCUGGUGGGAAUUGUGUGAACAAAGAGGAAUGUGAAGUUCAACCAGCUGCAGCAGACUGCCAGGAGGAAGAUAAAGUCUGCUGCAUUACUCCUUCAAGAAAUAAGAUCGAGAAAUCGAGGCUCCACAGGCAAAAGUCUCAGAGGGAAAGACACCAGCAAAGGAGGAGGAACAAUAAGAAAAUGGAGCCGAAAGAAAAAAAUGAAGAGAAAAUAAGAGAUGGCAAAUAUGGUACAAAGCCGAAAAAGAAGUCUUGCACCGACGUCGGAGGAAUAUGCUACUCAAAGUGCUCUAACGGCAAGGUUAAAGGCGGCAAAUGCUCAGCUGGAGAAAAAUGUUGCAAGCCUAGUGGUGGUGGUGGUUACGGUGACGGUGGUGGUGGUGGUGGUGGUGGUGGUGGUGGUAACGUAGGUCCAGCAGGUCCACCUGGUUCUCCAGGUAAAAGUGGUCGUCCAGGUAAACCUGGGCCUGCAGGCCAACCUGGUCAUGACGGAACUCCUGGCCUUCCCGGUUCUCGUGGCCCUACUGGUAAUCGUGGCCCUGCCGGUUUUCCUGGCCCAGAUGGUGCUCCUGGCGUUGCAGGACCUGCAGGCCCUGUAGGUCCUGGAGGUCCUCCAGGUCCUGCAGGUCCCUCUGGUUCCCCAGGUUCUAAAGGUGUUCCUGGAGAUAAAGGCCCUGCAGGCGGGGUAGGUGGUAAAGGUGCUGUAGGUGAUAAAGGUAUGCCAGGUGAUACAGGUCCUGCAGGUCCGGUAGGUCCUACAGGCCCUGCAGGUCCUAAAGGUACUGCAGGUCCUGCAGGUCUUCCAGGUUCUAAAGGUAUGCAAGGUGAAACAGGACCUGUAGGUCCUACAGGUGCUAAAGGUAUGACAGGUAAUACAGGUCCUACAGGUCCCACGGGUCCUGCAGGUGCUAAAGGCCAGGCUGGUGCUGCAGGUCCCAGAGGUGAUAAAGGUUUAAAAGGAGAUAAAGGUUCUGCAGGUGAUGUAGGCCCUGCAGGUCCUAAAGGUUCACCAGGUCCUGCAGGUCCUGCAGGUGAUAAAGGUAUGACAGGUAAUACAGGUCCUUCAGGCCCUACAGGCCCUAAAGGUCCUGUUGGUGAUAAAGGCAUGAAGGGCAUGAAAGGCAUGAAAGGAGAUAAUGGUGGUAAAGGCAUGCAAGGGAAUAAAGGUGAUAAAGGUGAUGUAGGUGAUAAAGGUGUUAAAGGUGAUAAAGGUGGCGUAGGUGAUAAAGGUGGUGUAGGUGAUAAAGGUGGUGUAGGUGAUAAAGGUGGUGUAGGUGAUAAAGGUGGUAAAGGUGAUAAAGGUGAUCAAGGUGAAAUAGGUAGUAAAGGUGAAAAAGGUGAUAUAGGUGAUAAAGGUGUUGUAGGUGAUAAAGGGGUUCCAGGUAACAAAGGUGUUAAAGGUGAUAAGGGUGAUAAGGGUGAUAAGGGUGAUAAGGGUGAUAACGGCAACCCAGGCAAUAGCGGGGGCAAUAGCAAUAACCGGAGGUAAGGUACUAAAGGUAGAAAAGGCAGUGAUGGUGUAUAUGAUUCUGUUAAGUAGGGAAUUAUCAGAUACCAAGUAUGAGGUGAAGACCUGGAGGCCAAGGAGAAGACUGAAGUGCUGCUGUGGAAGACUUAGGCUGCAACAACCACGAUCACAUCUUUUCACACGAGAGAGGACUCUGCAAUAUUCCUUCUUCAUCCUGUCAAGAGGCUCAUAACCUGUUAAAGUUCUUGCACCUGUUCAAGCCUUACCACAACCUGCCAUUGCUUCGACAAUCCCGCACACUACUGAAUCUUAUCCUUAUGCUGAAACAUAAACACUUUCUGAUGCAGUAAUGGACGAUGAACUACAACUCCUCCAAGAGUAAGAUAAUAACUCAAGUAAAUGACACCUGCUCAAACAGUACUACCGCGUGUUGACUAAUACAGAUAAACGCCUGUUAUUUGUUGAUACUAUCACUUCCUUCCGUUGCAUUACUUUAUGUACCGGUAUUUAUUGGUGUAUGUAUAGUUGUUAGACUUUUGGUGUAUCAGCUCUGUGUAACUGGUGAUGUAUUAGAUGGUGCUCCAGCUGUUGUAUUGUUUAAUUUAUACCCUCUUGUUUUUGCUGGACCACAAUAGGUAUAUUAGCUAAGCUAUUAGAAAGAAUAACAAAAUAUUUACUGCAUUUCUACCUAUUAAUAAAAAUUAUUAUUUCACCUCGUGUUAAUAUAAAUGCACUGCAAUUA